AUGAUGUCCUUCAUCCCUCUGCUCCUGGUGGGCAUCCUGUUCCCUGCCAUCCAGGCCAAGCAAUUUACAAAAUGUGAGCUGUCCCAGGUGCUGAAACCCAUGGAUGGCUAUAAAGGCACCACUUUGCCUGAAUGGAUCUGUACCAUAUUUCAUAUCAGUGGUUAUGACACACAAACCAUACUCAAUAACAAUGGCCGCACAGAAUAUGGACUCUUCCAGAUCAAUAAUAAAAUUUGGUGCAGCGACAACCAGAUCCUUCAGUCAAGGAACAUCUGUGACAUCUCCUGUGACAAGUUCCUGGAUGAUGACCUUACUGAUGACAUGAUGUGUGCCAAGAAGAUCCUGGAUAAUAAAGGAAUUGACUACUGGUUGGCUCAUAAAGCCCUCUGCUCUGAGAAGCUGGAACAGUGGCUCUGCGAGGAUUUGUGA